AUGGACGACAAAUUGAUGCGGGAAGUUCGUCUUUAUGACAAUCAUUCUGAACGAGAGCAGAUGGAGAAUUUGUCGGAGUUGUUCGCGGUUCUCAACGCGUUGGAAUGUUUGGAGAAGAUGUUCAGUCGGGAUCACGUGUCGGCGGAUGAGUACAAAUCCGAGUGCUUCAAACUGAUUGAUCAGUACAAGGUGGCGAUGCGAUUGGUGCAGGGCGGCACCAACGUCGAUGAGUUCGCCAAGAAAUAUCGCCUUCAUUGUCCGGCGGCGUUGGAGAGAAUUCGCGAAGGUCGACCGAUCACGGUGAAAGAUGAUCAGGGCAAUCUGUUGAAGAAUAUUGCGUCGAUUGUGGAGAUUUUCAUAACUUGCUGCGAUCAGCUGAAAUUGAAUGUGCGAGCUGUCGACGACUUGUAUCCGUACUUGAACGAGCUCUACAAUGCGAUCAACGCGACGUCGCGACUGCCGAACGACGGGAACGUGACGUCGAAAGUGAAAAAAUGGCACGAUCGGUUGUCGUCGAUGGCGGCUUCCGAUGAGAUCACCGACGAGGAUGCUCGUCAAAUGGCGAUGGAUCUUGAAGGCGCUUAUCACGCGUUUGUCAAAUUCUUGCAUGAGCAGAAGCAUUAA